GGCCGCGCUGCGCAGGCGUGACAGUUGCCGGUUUCAGUUGAGAACGGUGUCGGGCUCGGCUCGUGCAGUGCGGAGACUGUGGUCCAGGAAACAUGGGCAAGCGGGACAACCGAGUGGCCUUUAUUAAUCCAGUGGCUCUUGCAAGAGCUCGAGGCCCUGCACCUUCUUCAGGACCUUCUAUACAAGAUUACUUGAGUCGACCAAGACCUACUUGGGAAGAAUUAAAAGAGCAGCUUGAGAAAAAAAAGAAAGGUUCAAAAGCUCUUGCAGAUUUUGAAGAGAAAAUGAAUGAGAAAUGGAGGCGAGAGCUUGAUAAAAACAGAGAAAAGAAGCUUGGUGGAAGUGAAAGUUCAUCUAAAAAGAGAGAGAAAAAACGAAAAGAAAAGAAGAAAAGUAGGCCGUCUUCAUCUUCCUCCUCAUCAUCAAGCUCUGAUUCUUCCAGCAGCUCUUCGGACACUGACAGUAAGGAUGAAAAGAAACACGUUAAGAAGAAACGCAAGAGAAAGCACAGUACUGUGAGAAAAUCCUCAGAUGAUUCUCAAGUUGAUUGUGACAUGAGUACUAAGGAAAGUACAAAAAAUAAAAAGAGAAAGAUCAAAGAAGAAUCUGAAAAAGAACAGGAUAAGAAGAAGAAGCGUGAUCAUGCACAGAGAAGGUCCUCAGAGGAAAAAUCUGACUCAGCUGAAGAAAAUAAGGUACAGUCAAGGAAAAAGAAAAAUAAUGAAGAGAGAGAGAAAACUGCAGAGAAAUUGAAGAAGAAAAAGAAGCAUAAGAAACAUGGAAAAAAGAAAAAAAGGUCAAUAGUUCAGAUUUUGAUUCAGCAUGAAAAAGAAUGAAUAAAAUUAUUUUUUAAAAGUGCAUCUUUAGGUUCUUCAUUGAACUCUGCAAGCUGCAUGGCAAAGACCUGAAGAGUCGAGAUGGAAAAGGACUUGAACACUAAAACGCAUGAUUUUCCGAACUCUGCUUGCAUUUGCAAACACUUGUAACUUCACAAGUUGCUUUUAUUUAUCUGAAGUGAUGAACAACAAAUAAGCCUCUGUGAUUUCUUUUUUGUAGGGUUUAAGUAUACCAACUGUGAACAUUUUUGAUAAGUAACAUAGUCCCUUGAUAACUUGUUUAAAUGUGAGAUGAUCCAACUGUUUCUGUCUGUAUCAUAUGAAUCUAAACAGGACUGCUAACUUGGAAAAUUUAAGCAGUUCAUUAUUACUGUGUUACUGGUUAACUCUACAGAAAGUGAUGCCUGUUAGCUUGCUGCCAUCUGGCCUACACUAGAAAGCUAUUUUUCUAUAAUUUCUUGAUCCCUUAGCUCAAUGUAUCUAAGUUUUCAGUUGUUUUAGUUUGCAAUUUGUUUCUGAACAGGAAAUAGUAUCAUUCCUAAUAAAGUAUUGAC